CUUUGUACUCAUGUUACCAGCUGUACAGGCAGCGGCUUAGUCUUUGCAGAUUGCUCUUUUUAUUCAUUUCAUCACCUGUAUGGACAGCUGCUUGGAUUUGUGGUUGGUGUGGUCUGUAUAAUCAAGGUAGUUGGUCAGACUAUAGGCUCGGAACACGACUGUUCUUUACUUCUUUCUUGCUUUUGGAACUUUUACGGUCGAGAUUUUAACUGACACAAGUGACGUUUUGGUGUCUUCUGCAGCUAUGAUGGAGAGACACUACAUUUUAAGCUGACAUGGUUUCUCCGUGUAACAACCAGACAGCGACUUCGUUUCGCACUGAAGUCUCAAAGAACCUGAGUGCUGGGAGCGCCGAGGUACCUGUGGACACGGAAAGGCGGACAAUCUUUCUAAGUAUCAUCCUCGGUGCUUUUAUUUUCUUCGCCGUUAUUGGGAAUAUCCUGGUCGUUUUAUCUGUCGCCUGCCACCGUCAUCUUCGAGUGGUCACCAAUUAUUUCAUCAUGAAUCUGGCAGUGGCGGACCUGCUUCUCAGCACCACUGUCCUGCCGUUCUCAGCCUCACUUGAGGUCAGUGGCUAUUGGCUGUUCGGCCGCGUCUUCUGCACCGUAUGGGCAGCUGUGGAUGUGCUAUGUUGCACCGCGUCCAUCCUCAGUCUGUGUGUCAUCUCGGUGGACAGAUACAUAGGUGUUAGCUACCCACUGCGCUACCCGCUGAUUAUGACCAAGAAAAGAGGACUCGUCACUCUGGUGGGGGUCUGGGCUCUCGCUAUGGUCAUCUCGAUCGGUCCUCUGCUUGGCUGGAAGGAACCCGAUCCAGAAGAUGACAGCGUGUGCAAGAUCACAGAGGAGCCCGGUUAUGCUCUCUUCUCUGCCCUCGGCUCAUUCUAUGUGCCCCUCAUCGUCAUCCUGGCCAUGUAUUUCCGAGUGUAUUUGGCGGCUAGGAAGGAAACUAGAAGCCUGUACUCGGGGUUCAAACGAGAGACGUUGGGAUCCGCAGACGAGGAGGUCACGCUUAGAAUUCACAGAAAGGUUUCCGACAGGAAUAGUUCAUGUGAAAAGAGAAAGAGCCUAAGGAGUGCCUUUUCGUUCCGUAUUCACAAAUUUUCCAAAGAGAAGAAAGCUGCAAAGACGCUGGGAAUCGUGGUGGGGGUGUUCAUCCUUUGCUGGCUUCCAUUUUUUGUAGUGCUGCCCCUCGGUUCUUUUUUCCCUCAAUACAAGCCUCCAGAAGAUUUAUUUAAAGUCAUUUUCUGGCUGGGCUACUUUAACAGCUGCAUCAAUCCCAUUAUCUACCCGUGUUUCAGCCAGGAGUUCAAGAGAGCUUUCAAGCGCAUACUGAGAGGGCAGUGCAGAAGGAGGAGGAAAGAGCGCGAGCACCACUUCACGUACCGAUCCAGCGUCAAGACGGCGAUCUGCACUCUCGAUUGCGAACCGCUGAAAGGCAACUUCCGAUUCCGGUCAAUACCUGGGAGCAACGAGCCUCGUUCGUAUUCGCCAGAUGACACCGAUUGGAAGUUUUCAUCGUCUCUUCAAGACUUGCAUUCACUGAGCCGAUAGCGCAGAUUAUCGACGACCCAGAGGGAAUCGGACAGGAGCAAGCAAGCAAGAGCAGGAUGCUUUUCCCAAUUGCUAACCCUUUUCCUUAUAUAGCGCACUUCAUAUUAUUCGGCCGGAAAAGAAAAGAAAAGGAAAAAAUGAAGGGGACGAAAAUACGUAACAGGGUCUUUUUAUACAGUAUAUAGCCUAUAUUUAACAAUGAAGCUGCUACAGAGUUCCAGACAGUGUUUAAGAUCAUGAAACUAAAUUACCGUCACAGCUUGAACCAAGCCCAGCUGACAGUACUGGAAUCUCACCUUCUCCCAAAACAACUUCAACACAUAUCUUCAUCCUUCUUGUUUAUCAGAUUAUGUGCUUUCAUGUGUGUGUCUUUUACUAAACCGAAACAGUGCCAAUCGUGCCACGGCCAGCCAUGCCUGCACUAAAGUGCGGCCGACAUAGAAGACUCGGUAUAAAGACACAUUUUGCUCACUCUCAUUCAAAA